CACAUCACCUUUACCAACGAGAAGUUCCAGCUUUCUCUUGUACCAUUGUAUUACCAAAGUGAGAAGAAGUGAGGUGCUUUAGCUGCAUAAGGAACUUUUUUUGUAUAGCCAAAAUAUUUAGAUACAAACUGCAUUAACAGAGAACAUCAAAUGAAUAAAAUAAAAAUAUCAUAGCAUUUAAUGAAGACCUGGUCAACACUUACUGGAAAAAUUAAUGGAUGAUAAUACAAUGGAAGUCGAUAAGCAUCACAAUAAGCGAAUUUUUACGGGAAACUAUGACAAUGAUACAUCAUUCAGUAAAACUCAACUGGACAAUCACAAACGUACACGUGUGGAUAGGCAACGUCAUACUUGUAGUUAUUGUAUUAAGUCGUUUUUGAGCAAAAAUGAAUUAACAAAACAUACCAGAAUCCAUAAAAAUGAAAAGCCAUACAAAUGUAAAUUCUGUAAAAAAUCUUUUACUCAAUCCUCUACUCUAAAAGCACAUAUUAGUCAGCAUAAUAGAAACAGUAGACGCUUCAAUUGCAAUGCCUGUGGCAAGUCAUUUGCUCGAAAAUACAGUCUUAUAAAACACAUUCGCACCCAUACGGGUGAAAAGCCGUACAAAUGUGAAGUUUGUGAAAAAGCUUUUACUGCAAAACAUAAUUUAAUAAUUCAUACUCGCUUACAUACACACGAAAGGCCAUACGAAUGUAAAAUUUGUGGGAAAUCUUUUACUAAAUCUUCUCAUUUAAAUGAGCAUACAAAGCUCCAUCAUCCAAACAAUAGGCGCUUUAAAUGUAACGAUUGUGGCAAGUCUUUUGCUUACAAACACAGUCUUACCAUCCACACUCGCACCCAUACGGGCGAAAAGCCAUACAAAUGUGAAGUUUGUGAAAAAACUUUUACUGCAAAACAUAAUUUAAUAAGUCAUACUCGUAUUCAUACACACGAAAAGCCAUACGAAUGUGAAUUCUGUAAAAAAUCUUUUAGUCAAUCCUCUACUCUAAAAGCACAUAUUAGUCAUCAAAAUAGAAACGAUAGAUGCUUUAAUUGUACCGAUUGUGGCAAGUCUUUUGCUCACAAACACAGACUUAUAAUCCACAUUCGCACCCAUACGGGCGAAAAGCCAUACAAAUGCGACGUUUGUGAUAAAACUUUUACUUUAAAACACAAUUUAAUAACUCAUACUCGUAUACAUACACAUGAAAAGCCUUACGAAUGUAAAAUUUGUGGGAAAUAUUUUGCUCAAUUAUCUUAUUUAAAUGGGCAUACAAAGCUCCAUAAUCAAACCAAUAGGUGCUUUAAAUGUAACGAUUGUGGCAAGUCUUUUGCUCACAAACACAGUCUUAUAAAACACAUUCGCACUCAUAUGGGCGAAAAGCCAUACAAAUGUGACGUUUGUGAUAAAAGUUUUACUUUAAAAUAUAAUUUAAUAACUCAUACUCGUAUACAUACACAUGAAAAGCCUUACGAAUGUAAAAUUUGUGGGAAAUAUUUUGCUCAAUUAUCUUAUUUAAAUGGGCAUACAAAGCUCCAUAAUCAAACCAAUAGGUGCUUUAAAUGUAACGAUUGUGGCAAGUCUUUUGCUCACAAACACAGUCUUAUAAAACACAUUCGCACUCAUAUGGGCGAAAAGCCAUACAAAUGUGACGUUUGUGAUAAAAGUUUUACUUUAAAAUAUAAUUUAAUAACUCAUACUCGUAUACAUACACAUGAAAAGCCUUACGAAUGUAAAAUUUGUGGGAAAUCUUUUACUCAAUUAUCUAAUUUAAAUGGGCAUACAAAGCUCCAUAAUCCAAACAAUGUGUGCUUUAAAUGUAACGAUUGUGGCAAAUCUUUUACUGAAAAAGGCAAUCUUACCAUCCACAUUCGCACCCAUACGGGCGAAAAGCCAUACAAAUGUGAAAUUUGUGAAAAAACAUAUAGCACAAAACAAUAUUUAUCAAUUCAUACUCGAUUACAUACACACGAAAAACUAUAUGAAUGUAAAAUUUGUAAGAAAUCUUUUUCUCAAUUCUUUUCUCUGAAAAGGCAUAUGGAGCUCCAUAAUCCAAACAAUAGGUGCUUUAAAUGUAACGAUUGUGGCAAGUCUUUUUCUCGGAAACACAGUCUUACAAUCCACAUUCGCACCCAUACGGGCGAAAAGCCAUACAAAUGUACAGUUUGUGAAAAAACUUAUUCCAAAAAACAAAAUUUAUCAAUUCAUACUCGCUCGCAUACAGACAAAAAGCCAUAAAUAUGUUGAAUUUGCAAAAAAUAUUUUUCUUUAUCUUAUCUUUUAAAAACACAUACUGAGUGCCAUAGUCUAAAUAAUAGGCGCAUUAAAU